AUGUCUCAGUCAGCUAACGCAGUGGAGCCUAAACAGAAGAAAGCAAGUCAUUUUAAAGCAGGUGCGUUAGGAGGGUUUCUGUCAAGUGCUGCUCUGCAACCUUUGGAUCUUUUAAAAACACGAUUGCAACAAAGUCAACAUUUGCCUCUGCCACAAAUUAUUCAAAAUGUCGUUCGCCAAGAGGGAGGCAUCACGUCCCUAUGGAAAGGAACGCUUCCUUCUAUCCUCCGAUCAACGAGUGGAUCGUCAUGCUACUUUUAUGUUCUUAACUGGUUGCGACGGUAUAACCCACAGAGCAAUUUGUCCAGCUUGAAAAAUACACAAAACUUUUGGACUGGUGGACUCUCGCGGGCAAUUGUUGGGUUCGUCUUUAUGCCGGUAACUGUCAUUAAAGUCCGCUACGAAAGUAAUUAUUAUUCCUAUACUACGAUCGGAUCCUCCAUAAAAAGCAUUUGGAAAAAAGAAGGUUUCCCCGGGUUUUUCCAUGGUUUUGGUGUAACAGCCAUUCGAGAUGCACCUCAUGCAGGACUUUAUGUUUAUUUUUACGAACUUUCUAAAGAAACAAUUCACAAUCUUCUUGGACACUUUCAUGAAACCCUUCCCGGCGAUGUUCUUCAAAACCCUUACAACAAUUCAGUUAAUGUGGCCUCCGGUAUGUUUUCAGGGAUCAUAGCCACAACAAUUACAAAUCCUUUUGAUAUGCUUAAAACCCGUGUCCAGUUACAACCCGACCUCUAUAAAAACUUCCUCUAUUGUGCGAAACGUGUCUAUAUGAACGAGGGCUUAUACGGUUUCUUAGAUGGGCUUGCCCUCCGAGUUUUACGAAAAUCUGUUUCUUCAACUAUUACCUGGUCUGUUUACGAGUGGGCCAUGCAUCGAAAUGAUACGUAG